CCCUGCGGCCGCUCCGGCCCGGAGGUCGCCGGUUCGAGUCCUCGCAUCCCCACCGCGGUCCCGGUGUCCGUCUCGGUCCCGCGGGCGCGGCCGUUGCGGGCGGCGCGGCCCGGGCGCGCGCGGCGAAUCUGCGGCUGCGAAUCUGCGGCUGCGAAUCGCGAGAGCGGCGGGGCCUGGGCGGGCGCGGCGGAGCCUGGCGGACGCUCGGCGGCACCGCGACCCAGCACCGCGGGCCUAAGGCGGGCGCCCGGCCCGCGCGGCCGCCGGCACCAUGACGGGCCGCGUGUGCCGCGGCUGCGGCGGCACCGACAUCGAGCUGGACGCGGCGCGCGGCGACGCGGUGUGCACCGGCUGCGGCUCGGUGCUCGAGGACAACAUCAUCGUGUCCGAGGUGCAGUUCGUGGAGAGCAGCGGCGGCGGCUCCGCGGCCGUGGGCCAGUUCGUGUCGCUCGACGGUGCUGGCAAAACUCCGACCCUGGGUGGAGGCUUCCAUGUGAAUCUGGGGAAGGAGUCAAGAGCACAGACCCUGCAGAAUGGGAGGCGUCACAUCCAUCACCUGGGGAACCAGCUGCAGUUGAACCAGCACUGCCUGGACACGGCCUUCAACUUCUUCAAGAUGGCGGUGAGCAAGCACCUGACCCGGGGCCGGAGGAUGGCCCACGUGACUGCCGCCUGUCUCUACCUGGUCUGCCGCACGGAAGGCACACCGCACAUGCUCCUCGACCUCAGCGACCUGCUUCAGGUGAACGUCUAUGUGCUGGGAAAGACGUUUCUUCUCUUGGCAAGAGAGCUCUGCAUCAACGCACCAGCCAUAGGAAGAAAGAAAGAAACCAGUGUGCCAAAUGUGUUUUGAAGAACGGGCAGGAAAUCCUAUCAACGUGCAGCACCUCUCAAGACCCGUGCCUGUACAUCCCACGCUUCGCCCACCUGCUGGAGUUCGGGGAGAAGAACCAUGAGGUGUCCAUGACAGCCCUGAGGCUCCUGCAGAGGAUGAAGAGGGACUGGAUGCACACCGGCCGGCGCCCCUCGGGCCUCUGCGGAGCAGCACUCCUGGUGGCAGCCAGAAUGCAUGAUUUCAGGAGAACCGUCAAGGAGGUCAUCAGCGUGGUCAAAGUGUGCGAGUCCACGCUGCGGAAGAGGCUCACAGAAUUUGAAGACACCCCUACCAGCCAGCUGACCAUCGAUGAGUUUAUGAAGAUCGACUUGGAGGAGGAAUGUGACCCCCCCUCGUAUACAGCUGGACAGAGGAAGCUGCGGAUGAAGCAGCUUGAACAAGUCCUGUCAAAAAAACUGGAGGAGGUUGAAGGUGAAAUAUCCACUUACCAAGACGCCAUUGAGAUUGAGCUGGAGAACAGCCGGCCAAAGGCGAAGGGGGCCCUGGCCAGCCUGACCAAGGAUGGCUCCGUCGAGGACACCACGUCCAGCUUGCUUGGAGAGGAGGACACAGAGGACGAGGAGCUGGAGGCUGCUGCCAGCCACCUGAACAAGGACUUCUACCGGGAGCUCCUCGGCAGCAACACCCCAGGCAGCUCAGAAGCCGCAGGAGGCCCUGAGGCGGGCAGCAGGCCCCCAGCCCUGGAGUCCCUGCUGGGUCCCCUGCCCACAGCUGCCAGCCUGGGCAUCUCUGACUCCAUCCGAGAGUGCAUUUCCUCCCAGAGCCGGGACCCCACAGACACCUCUGGAGAUGGUGAACUGGACCUCAGUGGCAUCGACGACCUUGAGAUCGACAGAUACAUACUGAACGAGUCGGAAGCCCGCGUGAAGGCCGAGCUGUGGAUGAAGGAGAACGCCGAGUACCUGCGAGAGCAGAGGGAGAAGGAGGCGAGGAUAGCCAAGGAGAAGGAGCUCGGCAUCUACAAGGAGCACAAGCCCAAGAAGUCUUGCAAGCGACGGGAACCCAUUCAGGCCAGCACAGCGGGGGAGGCCAUCGAAAAGAUGCUGGAGCAGAAGAAGAUCUCCAGCAAGAUCAACUACAGCGUGUUGCGGGACCUCAACAGCACGGGCUCGGGUAGCCCGCGGGGCGAAGACGCCCGGCCCGAGGACAGGGCCAGUGCCAGGAAGCUGUCACGGAGGAGAAUGCCAGCCAGCAGAAAUGGGGCCGACCCCGUGACCAGCGUGGGGAAGAGGUUGAGGCCUCUGGUGUCUACACAGCCGGCUAAGAAGGCGGCCACGGGAGAGGCCUUGCUCCCGAGCCCCCCGGCCCCGGGAGCCGAGCCGGUCAGGCCCGAGGCGGUGCUGGUGGAGAGUGGACCUGUGUCGUACCACCCCGAGGAGGAGGCAGAUGAGGAGGACCCUGACGAGGAGGACGGAGAGCCCUGCGUCAGCGCCCUGCAGAUGAUGGGCGGCAGCGAUUACGGCUGUGAUGGUGACGACGAUGAAGGCUACUAAGCGUAGCCUCAAGGCCAGCAGUGCCCUGGCGGUGGCCCCAGCGUAUCUCCUGAGGACCAGAUGGGCCUCCCAGGCUGUGCUCACGGGCACGGGGGCUGAGACUGAGGCAGUAGGACGAGUGCCACCCCACCUACUCCGCAGACCUCGUCCCAUGGCCACCGUGGCCGCCAUGGUACUUACCAUUGGGAUCAUGUUUUGAGCAAUGGAAGGAAGAUUUGUACCUAGCAGGAGGAACAGGACUGAAUGUCUACGUGUGUCUGAUCGGACGUGGGCCGGGAGUGCCCGAAGCUGCAUCCCACAGUGUGGCCCAGGCUGCUGGUCCUCGACCCACCCACAAACCCUCAAAGGUGGGCAGUCGUGUCCCCACCGUAAGGAAGCUGAGGCGUGAGGAAGCCCCACUGCUGGUCCGAGGGAGCAGAGGGCUGAGCGUCUGGCCCUGAGGCUGCAGGACCCAGCUCCGGAGCCCGUGGCCUGCGUGCUCCGCUCCCGCCCGCCACGUCUGCCCCGAGAAGCGCUGUGUCCAGCCCCCUCUGCUGGAGCCUGGUGUCAGGGAAGGCGGUGGGAUGUCAAGGUCUCCCCGAGGUCACUGGGUGCUUGGCGGCUCCCCCGCACUGGGUGGCUGUGUUGGUCCGGAGGUGGCCCUCAGCGGCCAGCUGCAGCCCCUCCUCCUGACCCCACCGCCCUCAGGUCCUGCCCACUGCCUUGCAGCGCCUGGCGCUCCAGGGCCCCGGGUCCCCUCAGGAGCAGCUGCGCAUGGUAGACAAGUGUGGUCUGGCAGCUCUGCCGCAUCUGCCUGUGCAGCUCCCUGGGCGACGUGGCCAGGCUGCCUGGUGUCCUGGCGUGGGGUGUGCCUGUGGCACACACAGCCGGGACUGGGCUCUGCGUCCAUGGAGGGAGGGCAGGUGGGGUUUCUGAGCCACCCUGAGGCCCGGGCCUCUUCACUGGGAGGCCAAGGACCACUCGAGGAGGACGGCAGGUACUUGCAGCCCUGGAUGUGGCUCCAGCGUGUCCCCCUAGGAGAGGGUGGCCUCGAUGGCAGAGCUGUGCCACAGUGCCCUCCUGGGGCCCAGGCCUCAGCCUCCUGGUGGGGUGGGCUGGGCGUCCUGCCAUCGCUCGGCCUCCAGCAGGCCAGACGACACCCCCAGAGUGCAGCAGAGUCCUCGUGGCUGUGCACUCUGCCUCCACCCUGGGCCAGCCUGCAUCCCUGUCUUCUAGAAGGCCGGUGGGGAGAUGGAUUUAGUGAAACAGAGAUCUGCUACUUGAAGAAAACUG